AUGAAAUACCAACCUUUCCAAUCCCAUAAUCUUGAGGUGUAUUUGCAUGGAGUUGCGGGAACACAAGGGUUGCGGGCAAAGUUUAAGGAAGUUAUCGAUAGGGAUAUCAAGUUGCUUAACAAGUAUGGUGAUAAUUUGAAGGAUGCGUUUGGGGUGCCGGAAAAUUGGUGGGAUGAUCGGAAUAGAGCGGCCAUGGUUCAACUAGCGGAUGGGUCUUGGAAGGUGAAGGAGGAGAAACCAUCUUGGAGGGAGAUGAGUGGAGAGAAUAACUGGAAGGGUAUGCUGCAGCCGUUGGAUGAUCAUCUCCGACAACACAUAAUUCACUACGGUGAGAUGGCGCAAGCAACUUACGAUUCCUACGAUUCUGAUGAUAAUUCAAGAACAGGAGGUAAUUGUAAGUUCGCAAUGGAUGAGUUGUUCUCUCGAGUCGGACUUCACAAAGGCCGAGCCAAGAAGAAGUAUAUAGUAACCAAAUACAUCUAUGCCUCCGCAUCUACUUGGCCAUUUGAAAAGGACACGAAUUGGAUGGGUUAUGUCGCGGUCUCCACAGAUGAAGCAGCCAAAUCAUCCGACCAUGAAAGAAGGGAUAUCGUUGUUUCUUGGAGAGGAUCGCACGAUGCGUUGGAAUGGAUGGACGAUUUAGAGUUUUGGCUUAAACCGGCCCCUUUAAUAUUUGGAAAGAAUAUUGAUCAUGAUGAAAAACCCGAGGUUCAUUCAGGGUUUUACUCUAUAUAUACAUUGUGUAAUAACAAAUCCAAUUUCUGCAAUAAGAGUGCAAGGGAACAAGUUCUAGACGAGGUCACAAGACUAAUGAACAAGUACGAGAAUGAAGAAAUUAGUGUCACCGUUACGGGACACAGUCUAGGAGCAGCAUUAACAACGUUAAGCGCAGUCGAUAUUGCACAAAACAUCUCCAAUCGACCAAACACACUCGUAACCGCCUUUGCUUUUGCAAGUCCACGUGUCGGAGACUCGACCUUCGCCGCCACAGCCGCCGCCCUUCCCAAUCUAAGAAUCCUAAGAAUUGAGAAUCGCCCCGACCUUGUCCCCGACCUCCCUCCUAAUUUUGUUGGCUUCACGGAUGCUGGUCAAGAACUACUAUUCGAUACUAGUAAAUCGCGUCACAUGAAAUACCAACUUUUCCAAUCCCAUAAUCUUGAGGUUUAUUUGCAUGGAGUUGCGGGAACACAAGGGUUGAGGAAUAAGUUUAAGGAAGUGGUCGAGAGGGAUAUUACUUUGCUUAACAAGUAUGGUGACAAUUUGAAGGACAUAUUUGGCGUGCCCGAAAAUUGGUGGGAUGAGCGGAAUAGAGCCGCAAUGGUUCAACUAGCCGAUGGAUCGUGGAAGGUGAAGGAGGAAAAAUCAAUAUUGGUUACAAGUUACCUUGCAAUGUUUGCUCCCUACCUAACUAGCUAG